AUGUAUGAUUAUAAAUUCAAUAAAUUUUUUAAUAAUUUAUUCUAAUAGGUAGAGAAAAUUAAUCAGAGUAAUCUCCAAGUCAAAAAAAAAAAAUAUCUAAUUUAAUUUGCUUAUAUAAGAAUAUUUAAAGUCACAAACAAAAUAUAUUCUUGGAAAUACCAACUAAAAUUGUUCAAAAAUAUAAGAAAAUACAAAAUCAAUUUUAAAUAAAUGAAACCAUUUAUAAAAUGUAAUUUCUAACUAAGCGAAAUUCAGAUUAAGAAUUAUUUUCUUUCUUCUUUCAACUUACAACACUUGAAAUUGCAAAUUCGAAAAAAAAAUUUCAUGCAAGAGCAGAAACUAAAAAGCUACAAAUUUAUUACUACCUAAGUGUAAUCUAACUUUCAUAAAUUUUUAAUUAAAUUAAGUAAUCAAUAAAAAUUAAUGCUAAUUUCCAAAUAAAUUGAUUUAUAUUUACUCACGCCCUACCUCUGGCAAUUAUAGCAGGUUUUUGUGAUUAUUAUAUUGAGAAUCACUCAAAAUCAUACUUUUCUUUCACCCUUACAAAAUUAAGCCAAAUCUAUAUUUUUUUAGCAAGUAAUAACUUCUUUUUCCUAAAAACUCAAAAUUCCAUUUAACAUCUAAAUAAAAUUGUGUUUGUUUAUCGAAAAAUAGUGA